AAACCCUAAACAUUUCCUCUGCCAUCUAAACCCCUCUUUCGUUCUCUCUCUGUCUCCAAAACGCCCUUCGCGCCGCCACCAUGUCCGGGCUCAGCAGGCUGCGACCUCUCGCGCCGCGGCUGCUAAGUCUCCGUUGCCUCGCGAGCCGAGCGUACGGAUCGGCGGCGGCUCAGCUCCAGUACGACUCCGACUAUUACGACGAGGAGGAGCCGGAGCUGCAACAACACGGCGUGGUGGGGACGGAAGGGUGGGUCCCAGGGAGAGGGGUCCAGUGGGUUCUGAUAGGGAACCGAGGACUCCAACGACGCAUGUACGCCGAGCGGCUCUCGAAGCUACUGGAAGUCCCUCACAUUUCCAUGGGCAGCCUCGUCCGCCAAGAACUCCACCCUCGCUCCUCUCUCUACAAGCAGAUUGCGAAUGCAGUGAAUGAAGGGAAGCUUGUUCCGGAGGAGAUAAUUUUUACCCUGUUGUCAAGGAGGCUGGAAGAAGGAUACUGCAGAGGCGAAACCGGGUUUAUUCUUGAUGGGAUUCCUCGAACAAGGAUGCAAGCUGAGAUUCUUGACCAAAUUGCUGAUAUCGAUUUAGUCGUGAAUUUCAAAUGCACAGAAGACCACAUGGUGAAAAAUAAUCUAGGAGCUGGAAACUUUUCUCCUUGUCUUGAAUAUCUUAGCAUGAGAAAUGCCGGGUGUAAUCUAAAUCUGCAGUUUCAGAACAAACAACUAAAGAGCUCUUGUGCUGAUACAGGAGGUCCCUGGAAGGAAAAGUUUCAUAUUUUUUCAGAGCAGAGUAAGCCAUUGGAAGAUUACUAUAGAAAACAGCAGAAACUUCUUGAUUUUCAUGUGGCAAGUGCACCGGGAGAAACCUGGCAAGGGCUGUUGGCUGCAUUGCACCUCCAGCAUAUAAAUGCUGUUAGUUCUUCACAGAAGCUGACUGCGUGAUCGGUUUUGUCAAGUCUUUUGACUGCCCUAUUAUUUUCAUUUCGGUAUACUAGUAAAUACGAGUGUAAGAACCACAGUGAGUAUUGAAGCUUUUGAAUGCGGAAUAAUAUUCCAUUCAGUUUUGAAAUUUUGGCGUUUUUGUCUCUUGUUUUGCCAAGUUCCCUGCAAUGUUUGUACGUGUGUGAUCUAGUUCUGGUGAGAGAUGAGAAGCAGAGAAGAACACUGGCCUGUACGACCAUUAUAUUAUACAAAUUAAAAAUGUGCUUUAUUCA